UUUCCACCUUUGACUUGGUGCGACUUUAACACUUUUCACGGUACCAGGCGGGUUGGCUCUUUUCAGCCGAUUUUCACUUGUCCCUAAAAUAUAAGCGGCACACCGUCAGUUGGAGAAGCUUGUCCACAGUCCCGCCCUACACAGCUUGCGAGGGGGUUAUGGUUAUUUGCCGAUUAUGCAGACUGUUGGAAGCCUAUUACUGCUUUCUGUGCCAUUCGUCCAUGCGCAACCACUUUCAAAGAAGGUCACACUAUUUCCGAGAGAAAUUGGGCAAAUGUCUCUAGGCAGCUGGCUUUUCGGGUCAGCGAUUGCCUAGCAGCUGGUAAUCGCAAGGAGAAUUCCCUCUUUAUUCGAGCUUGAGCAGUCUAACUGCUGAUGAAGUCUGCUGCCUCGAACAUGGUCUAAUUAUGCCGGAAUUAUAUAUUUAUGGGUCAUAGAUGCUUGCCCAAAUUUCAGGUGCCAUGAAGAUACUCAUCAUUUUGUCCUUCGCUUUUGCUACUGCAGCUAGCCAAGGCUUUUUCGGAGGUCGUGAAGGCCUGACUGAUGACGUGGUUGGUAGGGUAGCAGGCCGUUUCAGCCAAAGUUUAGAUCGUUUGCCAGUUUCCGGGAGAUUACCAAACUUUGCCAACCUUCCACAUCCGGGCAGGUUCAGCAAUUUUUUUGAUUUUCUUACCAAAACUGGCAAAAGAUAUGUAUCGUAUGCCGAAUUUAAACUGCGUGAAAGCAUUUUUAAUGCACGUCAAGCUUUAGCUGAUAAACAUAAUGAAUUGUUCAUGAGUGGCAUAAGCGCUUACGAAAUGGGGUUGAAUUUCUUUUCGGAUCUGAAAACGGAAGAAUUUUUGGCAGGUUUGACAGGUCGCAGGAAGAAUGCUUAUAGAGACUAUAAUAGGUUAAGGAUAGACUACAGGAAACCUGAAGCGUGCCAAAAGGUGGCAAUUCCAGAUUCAUUCGAUUGGCGGGAACAGGGCGGAGUAACUCCAGUCAAAUUUCAAGGGCUUGAGUGCGGCGCUUGUUGGGCUUUUGCAGUUACUGGUUCCAUCGAAGGACACGUUUUCCGCAAAACCGGACAACUGAUUAACUUAUCAGAACAGAAUUUAAUUGACUGUUCGACCAAUUAUGGAAAUACUGGUUGUGAUGGUGGUUACCACGACUAUGGCUAUGAAUAUAUUAUUGACAAUCAUGGUAUCAGUAAAGCUGAGCCUUAUCCUUACAUCGAGAAGCAGGAACAAUGUCACUACAGACCAGCCCAACGAGCAACCACGAUCAAAGGUUACGUUACGAUUCCACCAGGCAAUGAGACUUUAAUCAAGGAAGUCGUCGCAACAUUAGGACCAGUAGCCGCUUCAGUGAAUGCUGGACCAGAUUCCUUCCAGUUGUAUAAGGGAGGAAUUUAUGAUGACGAGGAGUGUAACAAAGAUGAAGUGAAUCAUGAGAUCCUGAUUGUUGGAUAUGGUUCGGAAAAGGGCAAAGAUUAUUGGAUUAUUAAGAACUCAUGGACAGAUAAAUGGGGCGAAAAGGGUUAUAUGAGGUUACCACGAAAUGCUAAUAGUUUCUGUGGUAUUGCUUCUGAAGCAAGUUAUCCUAUUGUUUGAGAACAAACGUAUCGUAUUUUCGUAUUGUAAAUAGUUAUUUAUUUUUCUAAAGAUAGAAAGAAAAUGAAGUUAAAAUUAAUAAAUUUAA